GCUGACCGUUUGGGACUUAACGGUCAGAAGUGACGGCAACAUGGACGGUGUUAGGGGAGGGACGACAACGAACAAAAAAAGCCAAGUAGAGGGACGACGUUUUGGCUCUUUGGAGAGUAGAGGGACGACAACGAACAUGACCUUAGUAGAGGGACAAGAACGAAUAAAAUAUUAAAGUAGAGGGACGACAGUUGGCUUUAAACCUGGAAAAUAUGGCUAAAAAGCAAGUCAGCAGUGCACAUGGGAUUGGGAAAGAAGAUAGCUACGUAUGCGUCUCUAGUACUUCAACUGUCAAUUUUUGCUUGCAACUGUCGAUCCACCCCUGUGACUGUUGAUCUCUACCCGCACUGCCGAUCUAUGCCAACGAUUGUUGAUCUCUGCUUGCCAUUGCGAAUCCACGCCAAAUGGCACAGAGAAUGAGUUGAGGAAGAUGACUAGCAGAAGAAGCAAACUUUUUCAAAGGGAUGAUGGAAAGUAGUAAUUGAUCCUUGGGAACUUUCAAACGAGUUUUUUUGGAGAGGUAAAAAGCAGCUUUUAUGUGAAAUUCAGCGGUAGAAAGUUUCUACUGCAACGGCGAUUAUGGCAUCUCAGUCGGUGACUGCGGCAGCUAUAUCGAUUACUAAACCAAUUAUAUCUCUAUCGAAUUCGGGAGAAGAGCAAGUUGUUUCAUCGAGUUCAUCAUCAACAGGGCAUGGACAAGCGAGAGCCCCACUGGCAGAUCUUAUUGAAGAAAACGAGAGAUAUAUUGAGAAAAGAAAACAUGUAAUUGAACAAAGAGUUAGUAGGAAUGAAGAGCUUGUGCAACAAUACAUUGAUUCUAAUGUUAGUUUUGGGAGAACGAGGCUAGUUUUCUGGUGGCCAAAUCUUUAGAUUUGUUACCAGUGAAAUAGUUAUCCAAUGAAAGAAAAUCACUCAACCACCCUAGAUCUACACCCCUUGAAUUCAAAGAAUCUCCUUUCUGUUACUUGUUUUGC